UCUCUCACUAAACCUGCUCUUCUUCGCCUGAACACAAAAAUAAAAAUAAAAAUGUUUAGGGUUUCCCUCUCAUUCCACCUUCACUCCUCCAUCCCAGCCCUCUAAUGCUGCAUCUCUUGGCUCUCUUCUUCACAGCAAGAACCCAAAGAAAGAGAGCCUUAACCAAGAUUUAUCAGUUUCUUGCAAGUUUUCAAGAUCUUUAUCUGUUUUUUUGACUUGAUUCUCCUUCAAAUUAUUUUGUGUUUUCUUUUUAAAUUUAUGGAAAAGACAGAUUCUAGAGAUUGUUUAGAAACAGAGUGAGGUAAGCAACUCUUUUUCUUUUUCUUCCUUUUGUUUUUUUCUUCUUCAAAGAUUUUGAAGUUUGGUUUUGGGGAUUAAGAGAAAAGCACAGUGAAGUUACUGAAAUUUUGGACCUUUUAUGGAAGAUUAAAACUGGGUUUUGUUUUAAAUCUCCCCACAGCUUCAUCAUAAGCAAAAAAAACUCAUUGUUUUGUCUGUAUAUUGGUCAUAUAUAACUUUACCUUUUCUAAAAUCUGGCUGUGUGAACUGAAAACCCUCCAAAAAGCAAAGGCUUCUGUUUCUUUCUUGUGAUCUUUGUCUCUUCAAAUCCUCAGUUCUUGUUUCCUUUUAUCAUCUCUGCGUGUUCUUUGUUUUUGUACCUCAAAAUCUCCAAAGAAGUUACAAAAAUUUAAGGUUUCUGUAAUUGGGUUUCUUGAGAUUUUGUCAAGAAUGGCUAUGGUUGCACAACAUCAACAACAUAGGGAGACCACCAGUAGCAGUAGCAGCUUCAAACAUCAGUUAGAUAAUGGGAAAUAUGUGAGGUAUACUGCUGAACAAGUUGAAGCUCUGGAGAGGGUUUAUGCAGAGUGCCCAAAACCAAGUUCUUUGAGGAGACAACAAUUGAUCCGAGAAUGCCCUAUUCUGUCCAACAUAGAGCCCAAACAAAUCAAAGUCUGGUUUCAGAAUCGCAGAUGUCGGGAGAAGCAACGAAAAGAAGCUUCUCGGCUCCAAACCGUCAAUCGGAAACUGUCUGCCAUGAACAAGUUGUUGAUGGAGGAGAACGAUCGUUUGCAGAAACAGGUGUCUCAGCUUGUAUACGAAAACGGGUAUAUGCGUCAACAGUUGCACACUAAUUCAGCGGUUACUGAUGCGAGCUGUGAAUCGGUGGUAACCACUCCCCAGCAUUCUCUUCGAGAUGCUAAUAACCCAGCUGGACUCCUCUCGAUUGCAGAGGAAACUUUGGCAGAGUUCCUUUCAAAGGCUACAGGAACUGCUGUUGAUUGGGUCCAGAUGCCUGGGAUGAAGCCUGGUCCGGAUUCGGUUGGGAUCUUUGCCAUUUCACAGAGUUGUAGUGGAGUGGCAGCUAGAGCCUGCGGUCUUGUAAGUUUAGAGCCCACAAAGAUAGUGGAGAUCCUUAAAGAUCGUACAUCUUGGUUUCGAGACUGUCGGAAUCUUGAAGUUUUUACAAUGUUACCUGCCGGGAAUGGUGGAACUAUUGAACUUGUAUAUACGCAGGUCUAUGCUCCAACCACACUGGCUCCUGCACGGGAUUUCUGGACGCUGAGAUAUACUACAAGUUUAGACAAUGGUAGUCUUGUGGUUUGUGAGCGAUCCCUUUCUGGUUCUGGUGGUGGGCCAAAUGCUGCUGCUACUACCCAAUUUGUUAGAGGGGAAAUGCUUCCGAGUGGCUACCUGAUUCGGCCCUGUGAUGGCGGCGGUUCGAUAAUCCACAUAGUUGAUCACCUUAAUCUUGAGGCAUGGAGUGUGCCGGAAGUUCUGCGUCCACUUUAUGAAUCUUCAAAAGUUGUAGCACAAAAGAUGACGAUUGCAGCUUUGCGUUAUAUUAGGCAAAUAGCCCAAGAGUCGAGUGGAGAAGUUACAUAUGGACUUGGAAGGCAACCGGCCGUCUUGCGUACUUUAAGUCAAAGAUUAAGCAGAGGUUUCAAUGAUGCUAUCAAUGGAUUCAACGACGAUGGGUGGUCAUUAAUGAACUGUGACGGUGCUGAAGAUGUGAUAGUUGCGAUUAAUUCGACCAAGAAUCUCAGCACCUCCACAAAUCCCUCUAAUUCUCUCUCGUUUCUUGGUGGAGUUCUUUGUGCGAAGGCCUCAAUGCUAUUUCAAAAUGUGCCAGCAGCGGUGUUGGUACGCUUUUUAAGGGAGCAUCGUUCGGAGUGGGCAGAUUUCAACGUAGAUGCUUACUCUGCUGCUUCAGUAAAAGCUAGCCCGUAUGGGAAUCCAGGGAUGCGGCCCACGAGGUUUACGGGUAGCCAGAUUAUCAUGCCAUUGGGCCAGACAAUCGAACAUGAAGAGAUGCUUGAAGUCAUUAGACUCGAAGGUCAUGCACUUGGUCAAGAAGAUCCUUUCGUUUCAAGAGACAUUCAUCUCUUGCAGCUAUGCAGCGGAAUUGAUGAGAAUGCUGUGGGAGCUUGUUCUGAACUUAUCUUUGCUCCAAUUGACGAAAUGUUUCCCGAUGACGCUCCUCUUAUACCGUCUGGUUUCCGGAUCAUUCCGUUGGAUCCCAAAUCAGGUGAUUCAAAGGAUGCAUUAGUAACAACUCAUCGGACCCUUGACUUGACUUCAAGUCUAGAGGUGGGACCAUCAACGAACCAAGGAACAUCUGAUACAUUGGGUUGCCAAAACACGAGAUCUGUGCUGACCAUUGCGUUCCAGUUUCCUUUUGAGAACAAUCUAGCUGAUAGUGUUGCGACCAUGGCUCGCCAAUAUGUCCGUAGUGUGAUUAACUCCGUGCAGAGGGUUGCCAUGGCUAUAUCUCCAUCGGGCUUGAGCCCGUCGGUAUCUCCUAAGCUAUCCCCUGGCUCACCCGAAGCAGUUACUCUAGCUCAAUGGAUCUGCCAUAGCUACACUUACCAUUUAGGUGUGGAUUUGCUAACUUCUAGUUCAGUUGUUGGAGACUCGUUAUUGAAAGAUCUUUGGCAGCAUCAAGACGCCAUUUUGUGCUGUUCUUUGAAGUCGCUUCCGGUUUUCAUUUUCGCCAACCAGGCUGGGCUCGACAUGCUGGAGACAACACUCGUGGCUUUGCAAGACAUCACAUUGGACAAGAUGUUUGAUGAAGCGGGUCGGAAAGCACUAUUUCCAGAAUUUGCCAAGAUAAUGCAACAGGGUUUUGCAUAUUUACCUGGUGGAAUUUGCAUGUCGACAAUGGGCCGUCACAUCUCAUACGAACAAGCGAUAGCUUGGAAGGUUCUUGCAGCGGACGAAACAACAGUCCAUUGUCUUGCAUUCUCGUUUGUCAACUGGUCGUUCGUCUGAUGAAAUGGAAGUGUCUUGUAAUAUAUAAGAAGACGACGACAAUAUUUAGGGUCUCGAUUUUGGUCUGUAGAAACAUGUUAAUCGGAUUUCAACUUGUUCAAGUGAUGAUGUUGAUUUGUUUAAUUUAUUGCCGAGAUUUUAAAUUGAUUCCAUUUGGU